AUGGGUUCCUUCACAAAGUUCAUGGCAUCUGCUAUUUUCUUCAUAAUUUUAUCAUUUUUUCUUGUUCCUACAAGAACCCAAGAAGAAGGAUUCAUAUCUAUUGUCGUAUCCAGCAAGGGUCUUGAGUUUUCCAAGGACUUGCUAAUAGAGCAGGCUGUUUCCUCUAUAAUCCCCCUUCAACUACCUCAGAUUGAAAAGUCUGUGAAAAUCCCACUUGUUGGCCAAGUUCAUGUUGUUCUAUCCAAUAUCACAAUCUAUAAUGUUGAUAUUGCUUCUUCAUAUGUGGAGACUAGUGACUCAGAUAAUGUGGAUGCCUCCGUUCAGAUAUAUAGAGCAACUUAG